AUGGACACCCUCAUCAUCCUUGCGAGUGCAUCCCGCCCCACAUGCCUUGAAUCACAAAUAAAGAAUACCUAUUCUACGCAGUGCCUGCAAUGGCACGGUUUACCCAAACCCCUCUUGCCUGUAUCGGGAAAGCCAGCAUUGACCUGGUGGCUCGACGAAGCCAAGGCUCUCUUCAAGAACAUUUAUAUCGUCACCAAUGCUCACAAUUACAAGAACUAUGAACGAUGGGCAACAGGGCAUGAUUUUCCAAAGGCCAACAUUCUUAAUUGUGGAUUCAGCACUGGGCCUAUAUCAGAUAUCACGUUUGUACAUCGCGUCAAGGACUGCAGGGAUGGUGUAUCCACAAUCAUGAUGGCCGACUUUUUGUACAACGACAAUGAUACUUGGUUGCCCUCGCUCUUGAAGACUUCCCAGGAGAAGACUGCUCUCUACUUCUAUAAUGGUGAACAAGAAAAGCGCAUGAUCAGCCUUGUACUUCAGCCAAAUGCACUUGGAGCAUUACCAUCUUACGUUUCUAAUUUGGAUGGAUGGUCCGUCAUCGAUCAAGAAAAGGAACUUGCCAUGAUGAUUUCUGAUCAUAUCAUUGUCGACGACAAACCAGCUGCUGCUCGCUUUAUGGAAGAGCAAUUAUCCUUUGAUGAAUAUCUCGCUGAUUGGUUGGAUGAUGCAGGCACACCUUGUGCCAUGGAUCCUAUUCAUGUCAAGGCUUAUGCACGUGUUGGAUUAAUGGGUAACCCAAGUGAUGGAUUUUAUGGCAAAACAAUGUCCCUUUUGAUCUCCAAUUUCUGGGCCGAGGUCGCUUUGCUACCACAACCAACAACAGAGAUCACCAUCAUGUCCAACCCCGUAGCAGAUCCACGCCGCUUUAGUACGAUCGCAUCACUAGCAGCAAUGUGUCAAGAGGAUGGUUAUGAUAAUGGAGAUAGGCUUUUAUUGGCGUGCUGCAAGGUGUUCUACACACAUUGUCGAGACAAGGGCAUCGAGUUGAAUACGCGACAAGGCUUCAGGGUUAUGUUUGAUACCAACAUCCCUCGCCAAGUGGGACUUGCCGGUUCUUCGGCUAUCAUUACUGCAUUUUGGAAGGCACUGAUUCAAUUCUAUAACGUGACAACAAUUCCACUUGAGGAGCAAGCAUCAUUGGUUCUUUCAGUUGAGCAAAAUGAACUUGGUAUUGCAGCGGGUCUUCAAGAUCGUGUGAUUCAGACCUAUGGUGGUUUGGUGUAUAUGGACUUUGAAAAGAGCUAUAUGGAGAAGCACAAGCAUGGCAAAUACGAGCAACUGGACCUUUCUCUUGUACCACCUCUUUUCCUUGCUUAUGUCGCCCAUCCUGAAGAUUCCGGCAAGGUUCAUAGCACUGUGAAACAACGCUUUUUGGCAAAUGAUCCAGAGAUCAUUGAUGCCAUGAAGACAUUUGCAUCUUUCACUGAUAAAGCACGAAAGGCACUGUAUGAUCACGACCAUCACGAAUUUGCUCAACUUAUGACAGCCAAUUUCGAACAACGAAGAAAGACAUAUGGUGAUGAUGUAGUGGGAGCCGUCAACUUGCGAAUGGUGGAAAUUGCUCGACAACAUCGAUGCGUCGCCAAAUUCCCUGGCAGUGGAGGAGCUGUUGUUGGCAUGUGGAAUGGCGACAAUGAAAGCACGCGUAUCAUGGAUAUGCUCAAUCUUCGACACGCUUUAGAAAAGGAGGGUUACGUCUUUGUGAAUAUCAUUCCUAAGGAUAGUGAACCUUAA